GACACAAUUCCCACAAUGCAAUGCCAUUUUCACCUUAAACUGAAAUACAUUAGACAUCUGAGAGUGAAUAUCUUUAAACCCAUAUAUCCAUCUGAUAUCUCCGUGAAUUGUUGUACCUGUUUGGCGUUUGUGUGCUGAUAUUCAGGGACUGGCUCGCUGUUGUAUAUCUCCAACAUUCCAGCCUGUGGCUGUGGGAUCAGUGUUUCAGGUUAAGAUGGAUCCAGAUUAUGAACAUCGCCUCCUCCGCCAAAUCAACACUGAAAAUGACAACUUGAGCCCUGUUAAACUGACACAGAGUCUGCGCGGUCGGACACCCACCAACUCCCCGUUAUCUUCCCCCAGUAAGCUUGGAGACAGAUUUAUUCCAACCAGAGCGGGGGGAAACUGGAGUAUCAACUUUCACAGGAUCAAUGAAAAUGAGAAGUCACCAAGUCAUAACAGAAAAACAAAGGAUGCCUCUUCUGAUAACAUUAAAGCAGACGGGCUGGCCUACUCUGCUCUGCUGAAGAAUGAGCUGCUGGGAGCAGGAAUAGAAAAGAUCCAGGACCCUCAGACGGAGGACAGGCGUUUACAGCCAUCAACCCCAGAAAAGAGAUGUCUCUUCACUUAUUCACUUAAUAUCAAGAGAUCAUCACCAGACGAUGGCACCAACAUCUCCCCCUACUCUCUAUCACCUGUCAGCAACAAAAGUCAAAAAUUGCUGCGUUCACCACGAAAGCCAACUCGCAAGAUCUCAAAGAUCCCUUUUAAAGUCCUGGAUGCUCCAGAGCUGCAGGAUGACUUUUACCUCAACUUGGUGGACUGGUCGUCUCUCAACGUGCUCAGUGUCGGGCUGGGUACAUGUGUUUACCUGUGGAGUGCCUGUACCAGCCAGGUAACAAGGUUGUGUGAUUUAUCGGUGGAGGGAGACUCGGUCACAUCAGUUGGGUGGUCUGAAAGGGGUAACCUGGUGGCAGUGGGGACUCACAAAGGCUAUGUUCAGAUCUGGGACGCUGGUGCUGGGAAGAAACUCUUUGCCCUGGAAGGACACACAGCUAGAGUUGGAGCAUUAGCAUGGAAUGCAGACCAGUUGUCUUCGGGAAGCCGUGAUCGUUUGAUUCUCCAAAGAGAUGUGCGGACCCCUCCACUCCAGUCAGAGAGACGGCUGCAGGGACACAGACAGGAAGUGUGUGGCUUAAAGUGGAGCACUGACCAUCAGCUGCUUGCCUCUGGUGGCAACGACAACAAGCUGCUGGUUUGGAACCACUCCUCGCUGAGCCCAGUGCAAACAUAUAUGGAUCACUUGGCUGCAGUGAAAGCCAUUGCCUGGUCCCCCCACCAGCACGGCCUGCUGGCCUCUGGGGGCGGCACUGCCGACCGCUGCAUUCGAUUUUGGAACACCCUGACCUCACAGCCGCUGCAGUGUAUGGACACCGGCUCUCAGGUCUGCAACCUGGCCUGGUCCAAACAUGCUAAUGAACUGGUGAGUACUCAUGGCUACUCUCAGAACCAGAUCUUGGUGUGGAAAUAUCCAGCUCUCACUCAGGUUGCCAAACUCACAGGACACUCCUACAGAGUGCUCUACCUGGCCAUGUCCCCGGAUGGUGAGGCGAUUGUGACGGGAGCUGGAGAUGAGACUCUUCGCUUCUGGAACGUAUUCAGUAAAACAAGAUCAACUAAGGAAUCUGUAUCAGUUUUAAAUCUCUUCACUAGGAUACGAUAACUUUAAGCAAAUAUUAAAACUGUAAAACUCUAGUUUGAGUGGCUCUUGGUAUGACCACUGGAUAGCUCAUCAACAUGGUGCUAAGGACAUACAGUACAAUCGCAGCAAGAGCUUUUUUCAUGCUAACAAUUGUUUGCAAAAUUCUUUUUGACUUUUGUGCUCUCAUUAUGAAUGUUGUCCUUUUUUAUGUAUAAGUGGGUUGAUUUCAAUUUGUUAUGUGUUCACAACAAUAAAUCACAGGCCUUACUUAAAAUGCCUUGCUUACCAAUACUGAAAUGUAGAGGGAGCAUUUUUAGUUUUUGUUUAACUCAGGUCUUAUUUAUUUAACACUGCAGUGAAAGCCAUUGCAGUGAAGGCUGUAAUGGCUUCAAUGGAGAAAAAUGCCAUUACAUAUUAUAACAAAAACAUAAAAAAAUAAACAUAAUCACCUACUAAGGCCUUUACAGUAUAUUCACCAUGUUUACUGUGAUCCUUAGAGUACUAAGGUUAAAAGUGGUUGGCUAAAAUAAUGUAGUUUUGCUCCUGUGGACAGAAAGUCUAAUGCUGUGCAUCAAGACAUAUACUACAUAGUUGAUUCUUUGUCGUAAAGGAAGAAAUAAAAGCUCAUGGAACUGAAGAACCGGUGUAUAUUUCCUAUUUGCCAUUAAAAAUUUCCGUCUCUGUUC